AUGAAAUCCAAAUUGCAUGCCAAAACGACUGCUCAAGAAUACGCAAAUUUCAGCAUCAAGGCAGAUCACGCCAAUAUGCACGGUAGUAUUACAGAAAUCGGGUCCAACGAGCAGUCGAUGUCGGUGUCCAUGGACGAGACUGCGGCAGGAUCCUUCUGCAAAGAUAGUAACCGUUGUUCUCACCACGACUCACCUUCUUCGGCUGACUAUUCGAAUUCCUUUCCACCGAUCGCAGUGGUGGGCAUGGCGAUGAGGUUGCCUGGCGAUGUAAGGACAAGCAAAGACUUCUGGGAGUUUGUCAUCAACAAGAAGGACGCACAUGGUCGGGUUCCUAAGAACAGGUACGAGGCCGAGUCUUUCGACCAUGCAUGGAACGGAAGCAAAAACCCCAAACAUGGCUACUUCCUCACCGAAGACCCUGCUUGCUUUGAUGCCAAGUUCUUUGACAGCAACACGUACGAGGCAUCGCAUAUGGAUCCUCAACAGAGACUUCUGUUGGAGGUUGUGUGGGAAUGCCUGGAAAAUGCAGGAGAGGUGGACUGGGAAGGCAAAGACAUAGGGUGCUAUGUUGGGGUCUUUGGAGAGGAUUGGCUCGGACUUUCUCACAAAGACCCUGCGCACACUGAUAGGUCCCAUGCCAUAAGCACGGGGAGCUUUGCGCUCUCGAACAUGGUCUCAUACAAGUAUGACUUUCGUGGCCCCAGGUGA